AUGAUGUUAACGGAGAUGAUAAAUUUUGAUUGUGAUAAUUUUAAGGUGGAUGAUGCAGAAGUCGAUCAUGAGGAUAAGAUACUAAAGCGAGAGUUAAAUCAAUUGAUAUCUGAACAGUUGGGUAAUUUUGACCUCAGUGAAGAAGAGGACCAACCCGAUGAAAUUUGCAUCGUUCAAACAAAGCCCGGUUGUAGCCCACCUGAGACUGUUGCUGCUAGUUCAGAUGAUUUGAUAAGCAUUAUUGAGGCUGGAAAGUUGUCUUUACUGGAGAUUGCUAUUCAAAAGUUUGGUGAGUGUUCAGAAAAUGCGACCACUGAGUCGAAUGAACUCACAAGCCUGGGUUAUGAUGGUCAACAGUCAAAUAGUAACCGUAACUCAUUGGGAUUGUCAGGUCGGUGUAGUCAAGAUACUCAUGUUGUUCGGCAGUUUGAAAAUUCCGCAAAAGAGUCUGAAAAAUCUACUAACUGUAACAAUAUUCAUCAGGUUUCAAAUAUUCAUGUAUGCGAUAAUGUGCAAAAUCCUCAACUUCCCAUUUUCCCCAGUGUUGUUUCACAGGAUAAACCUUUACCAAAGGUUCUCAAUGCUGCUCCGUGUAUAAAUUUGGACUUGAGUCUUCCUGGUGAGGUUACAAAUACGUUGUUCAGCACUGCAGUGGAUAAUAAAAAUCAGUACACCACACACGAUCAUGGUCGAGUGAUUUCCGGCCCGACAAAUUCCAUUCAAACUCCUCCAUCACCAUGGUCAUUACUUCCUUCUGCAAUACCUCCGUCUUUACCACCACCAGAUUUUCCAGAAAACGUUGCCUGGUCAAGAAAUUCGAAAGGUCCUACUCCGUCUCAUGCAGCCUAUAAUGAAGUGACACAGGCUAGUAUUCCUGUAGACAUAAAAACACAUAUAGUUGGCCACACCACAACAUCGGAGCUGACUUCUUCCAAUAUUCCAUGUGUAACUAGCAGUGCUAAUAUGAAUUUAGACAGUCAUCUUUUACCUAGUGGUAAUGAGGAUCGUCGUGAGUUACUUUACACUGCUCGAGGACGUCAGCUACAAGAGUUGCAAGCAGAAGUCGUUCAAUUGAAAGAAGAAAUCGCUAAAGAAAAACGUCUAUCUAAUCACCGUAUUUUAUUAGCUGAAGGGGAGAAGGAAAUACUACGUUCUAACCUUUCAACUUUAGAAGACACUGUGAAGUCAUUACGUAUGGAGCUUGUUACAAAAAAGGAAAAUGCUGAAGUUUUACAGAAUCAGUUACAAGAAAAUGCUGAGUCUCAGAAAAAGCUGAAUGAAGAACUUUUAGCUUUACGUACAACUAAUGAGUCUUUAUCAUGUCAAUUAGUUGAAUUGACUACAGGGAAUGCUUUAAAACGAGCCGAAGAAAGAGAAACACAACUGGCAGAAUCAUUAGAACAACGUUUUCUGUCAAGAACUGAAGAGAUUAAGACAGAGUUAAAAGCAACUCAAAGAAAUUUAAAUGAAAAGGAAAAUGAAGUUAGCGAUUUACGCCGACAAUUAGAAAUUUGUAAAGCUGAAACAAUGAAAGCACAACAGACACACGCUGAAAUGAUAAAAGAAGCUAAUAAACAAUUGGAAGAAGCUCAAAAGCAUUGUCAACAACUUGCCUCAUCUGCCUUGUGCUCUGAAGUAACAUCUCUGAGACAAAAGGUGAUUGAGUUGGAGACAUCAAGAAAGAUUACAGAAGAUGUGAAUACAAUUUUACAGGAUGAAUUACGAGGUUUUCGGGAUCAAGUUGCCAUAUAUGAAAAUGUUUUAAAGUUAGACGUAUAUUCGCAUAAUGUCGAUAUUGAAGAUCCAGUUAUGUAUGAACCAAAUGAUCUUACACCUUAUGCGAAUAAAGGACGUCACAGUGGCAAAUCUGUUGCUUUUGCUGAUGUUGAUACACCUGGGCCUAGUAAAGCUAAUCCACUUCAUCGACGACCAUCUUCAGCUAUAGAACGACCGAUCUAUCAUCAAGCAUUUGAUGAAAAUUUGGGUAUUUCUACUCGUUGCCAUUCAGACGAACAAUCUAGUAGAACACGUCAACACUCAGGUGGUAAACAAGCGUUCAGUGAUAAUGAAGAUAUGCUUGGUAAAUUGGGAGAAUGUGACAAAGUUUCAUUUCAUUCAUUAACUCGUCAGGGUAUAUUAACUAGUACUCCUGCAGUGACAUCAUCGAAGUCAUCACCGAAAUCUCCUAUGGGUAGACUGCGUGCUGAACUUGAAAGAUGCCUAUUGAACUAUAAGGCUAAACGAGAACAAAUAACUAAACUUCAUGAAGCUUUAUAUACAACACGUUGUCAAUUGCAUCAAUCAAGGGAGUCAACAGAAAAGGCGGAAAAAUCAGCUAAACUUUUACAGGAACGUGUUGUUUCGAUGGAACAUGAAUUAUCCACUUUACGCGGCAUUGGUGAAAAUCCUGGACCUAGAGAAGUUCUGUUGAGUGGUCAGUUAGAACGUUUAAAGGGAGAUUAUGUUCGUCUUGAGGAAGAAUUACAGGCGACACGUACUCGUUUACAAGCUGCUCUUGGUGCAGAGGCUAAAGCAUUGGAAGCUGAAAAAGCUGCAAGUGAACGUUUAGCUGCAAGUGUAGCAGAAAGAGAUGCAGCUGUUGAUCGAGCUAGAGCAGUCUGUGAGUCUCAUUAUACUGCAAUGCGUCGACGUUUGGAAGUGGAUUGGGCGAAUGACAAAGAAGCGUAUGCGCGUCGUGCUGAAGAGAAGCUCGCAGAUAUGAGAAAAGAGCUUUAUGGGAUGCAACAGGAAGUUCAACGGAUUACAAAUUUAUAUCAGGAAAGUCAAGUAUCUGCUAAGAAGGCUAUAGAAAAUGCCCUACUGGAAGCUAUGAAGUUAAGAGAAGCUGAAAGAAUGAAAUUUUGGAGAGAAGAGCUUCCUGAACAAAUUGAAGUUGCGCGUCAGUCGUGGAUAUCGGAGAUGAAAGGACAACAUACAAGUGUCAAUCCUAGUCAUAAAAGCGUGCAAACAGAACCAUCUGCUGAUAACUCUCACGCCUCACAGUCUUCUGUACAUGUCCAAACUAGCCUUUGUGAUCUACUAUCAAUUAAGCUUGGAUUAAACUUGAGUGAUAAUUCAACAUUCGAUAAUACUGAAGCGCUUGAAAUCAAGUCAAUUCUACUUAAUAAAUAUCCUAUAUUAUCUCAAUUCAUGUCUAUGGAAUGUCUUCAUUAUUUAUGUACACAUUUAAUUGAAACACCGUGUAUGCAUUUAUUAUAUUUGGAGAAAGAAAUUUCAAAUUCUUUUCAUACUCUCCUUGAAAUACGACUUCAAAAUUUCUUGAAACAAGUGAACAAUGAAUUGAAGAAAUUAAUCGAUGAAUAUAAAGUGACGCAUAUUUUCAAUGAAAAUGUUAACAAGACUGUUUUGUCAGAUGACGCUGUGAUUUUAAAAUACUUUGAUCCGCUACAGUCAGUAUCUGUGAUUAGAGAACCUGAGAAAACAACUGCCGAGUGUAUUGCACAUAAUCUAAGUGUAAAAACUUCAGAUAAUCAGUUGUCUAACACAAUUAGUAGUGAAUAUCAAUCAUUAAUUACAAAAAUUCGUGUAUUAACUUCAAGCGUGAGUAAAUCAAGCGAAUGUGCACCACCAUCUGAUCUACAUAAUUCACUGUCGACUUAUGAACAUAAAUUUGUACAAGUUAGCGAUCUUGAAGCUCCUUAUUAUUAUUCUAUCCUUGAAAAAAUUAAAGGUGAUGUAUUAAAGUAUGUUGAGUUAUGCCAGUCUCGCGCUGCACAAACACUUCAUACGGAGCUGUUUCGCAUACACAAAAGAGCAUGCAGACAAUUCACUUGUCAACUUCGCAAAGCUCUGCUUGAUGCUGGUGCACCACCAGUUUCCUCUACUACUUGGCAUACACGUCUUAAUAAAACUACCAAUGUUCCUCAAGAAGUGAAUUCUAACCACAGCAAAUGUAUACCUCAUGAUAUCAGCUGCAAUUCUCAGAAUUCCAAAUUAAAGGAACCCGAAAGUGUGAUUAUACCUCCUAUGUCAAAUUCAUGUACAGAUUUAGAAUCAUUGUUACACAUUAUCGAUGAAGUCUGCAGCACAACAGAAUCUAAAUUUUAUACAGAAACCACAACUGGAUCACGUUUAUUCAAUCGGUCUACAACAGAAUCUGAAUCUUAUUCAAGGCAUAAUUCACAACACCGGUGUGAGCAACAGUCACGUGUAGAUAAUAUUGGUGACUUAGCUUCUGCAUCGUAUAACCCUAAUGAACCAAAAAGGGCACACAGUGAAUUAUCUUCAAUGCAUAACUACUUUUCUAAUGUUAAUUCACCUCAGCAAUUAUCUGUCACAAAUGCGUCUGUUGAAAUUACUAGUCAAAUAAAAGGGAAUAACACUAGUUUAUCACCAAAAAACAUGAGUAAUGUUCAUUCGAAUCAUUUAUGUCGCCGAGAAGAAGAUUUUACAUCAGAAAGACAUUCAGGAGAGCAAAUUAAAUUUUACGACAGAAAUGUCAGCAGACCGAUACCAACUCCUCGACUUAGUCGUUCAAAUUUUGAUAGCAAUAAUAAUAAUAAUCCUCUUAAAUUGUCCAAAUCACCUAACUUGCUACAGUCAACACCAAUAAAUUCCCUCCAGAAUGCAAACUGUGAUAGAAAACCUGUACAUACAGAACUCUAUAAAUUAUUUGAAAACUUUUACAAUACUAGUAGUAAACACGCUGAUGAACAGAACAAGUGA